AUGGAGAGCAAUAUAAUUAAAAGAUUUGGGACGAAAGAUGUGAUUGACGUUGUGGAAGUUGAUGUAAGUUCGCUUUCUUUGUUGUUCUUGUUUUUAGAUACUUUAAAGAUGAUUUGAAUUGCUAUAUAUUAAGUUUCUGGAGAUCAAAAAUACUGUUUUUAGAUUUUCUUUGGUGAUGGAAGUUAAAAUUAUAAUUUUUAGGCCGAAUUUAGCUGUGAACUUCAUUCCACUGACAGACAAAUCAACCAAGUUGUGAAAGAAGCAAGACAGAAGAAGUUACAAGCUAAAGAGUAUGAUCUAAAGGUAGUUUAGUUAUUUUACGGCACAAAACGUAUCUUGUUCUUUAGGUUUUGGGUGUCGUUUGUUUUGUAGUUUUUAUGUGUUUUGCAUCGAUCUUACCUUAUUCUGGAGAAAAUGAUCCUCCCAGGUUUGGUGAUUAUGAAGCCCAAAGACAUUGGAUGGAGAUAACGACAAACAUUCCUGUUAGUGAGUGGUAGGUUUAUUUUAAUUUGUGUUUUUUGUUGCUUUAGGAGUAUCCGAUGUGUCAAUGUAUGAAUGUUGAAUUCUUUAUAAAUUUUCUGUUAAUACUUGGGAAGAAAUUGAGUUUCAAAGAUGUAUUUAGCUUUUAGUUUACAUUUUAGGUACGAAAACUCGACGAAGAACGACCUAUUGUAUUGGGGUUUGGAUUAUCCUCCAUUAACUGCUUAUCACAGCUGGGCAGUUGGCAAAGUGUAAGUAUUUAUACAAAUUCUAAAACAAUAUCAGUUUAAUUUGUUAAAAUAACUAUAAAAAUGGCAAAGAUCAGCUACUAAUGGUGAAUUUCGCUUUUUCAGUGCUGAAUUCUACAACAAAUCAUGGGUAGAGUUGGAAACAUCUCGAGGACAUGAAAGUUCAGAUCAUAAACUGUUCAUGAGAUUGUCAGUGAUCUUUACAAUGUUAUUAUUGUACUUACCCACAGUUUUGGAAGUUUACAAUGGUAUCGGCAAAAGUCAGCCUUUGAGGGUAAGUAAAUUACAUUAACAUUGGUUUUAAGCCUAUCGUACGACUUUAAAAUAUAAAACGCAUGAUGCAUGAUUUUUUAAUUUAAAAAAAAGUUAUUUUAGCUAUUUUUAGUUAAAGAUAUUUAACAUAAAACCAUAUUUUAGAUUCCAAUGCUGUACGCAGGCCUAUUCUUCCCCGGGCUGAUCUACAUUGACUGCACUCACUUCCAAUACAAUCACAUUUGUCUUGCGUUGGCUCUAAAGUCGUUUGUGUUGAUGGCUAAAGGCCAGCAAGUACUUGGGUCGGUCUUGUUUGUUUUAGCAUUGAACUUUAAACAGAUGGCAUUGUAUUAUGCACUACCCGUCUUUUGCUUUCUAUUUGGACGAUCAUUGAAGCGCGGCGUUUUUGGAGGGUACGUUGGAAUUUGAUUUGGUUUAAGGGGUGGUUAAAGGUUGUAAAGAGGUAUAUGAUAAUAACUUGAAAAUGGGAGGAGGUAUGUGGUUGCAUUAGAUUGAAAAAUUUAAUUGUCUUGCUGGUUUUACUGGUAGAAAUUAUGAUUUAUGUAUAUUAUAAAAGUUUUAUCAAGGCUUUUGAAAGUAUAUUUAUUGUUUUAGGUCGGUAAAUGUAAUAAAACUUGGAGUUACUGUAAUCCUAUCUUUUGCCGUCUUAUGGUCUCCAUUUUUAAGAGAAGGACGAUUUAUUCAAGUGUUACAUCGAAUUUUUCCGGUUGGAAGAGGACUGUUUGAGGUAUGCCUUUAUAUCGAAAUGGCUAGGCAUGUCUAGUUGUUCUUGUAAAUAUACUCAUUGUCAUUUCUUUUCAGGACAAGGUAGCAUCGUUCUGGUGCGUAGCUAACGUGCUGGUUAAAUUUAGAAAGUAUUCACAACAUUCUAUGGCUAUCGCGAGCGCAGCAGCAACAUUAGUUGUCAGUGUACCAGCUUUGUUAGUGCUACUGCUGAGACCGACGGAAAGAAUGUUUAAGCUGGCAUUGGUUUACGUUAGUCUGGUGUUCUUCUUGUUUUCGGCACAAGUUCACGAAAAGACAAUAUUGUUUGUUGCUUUGUAAGUGGUUUUUAGUUUUUAUAUUUAAAUCAUAAGGUUUGACCGGUAGAGGUGAUAAUUUAGGCGAAAUAUGAUUUUUACUAUCUUUUUUUUGGUAAUUUGUAUCUUUAUAAAGUUUUUCUUGUUAAAAUACGGGUUUUUUAUAUAAAAAUAAAUAUCUUGCUCUUCAGACCAAUACUCUUCCACCUACAACAAUAUCCUGUGGUUACGAUGGAUUUCCUCUCUGCAGCCGCUCACAGUCUAUACCCACUAAUACAUCAAGAACACGCCAUUCAAGCUUACCCGCUGUUCAUCAUGUAUCACAUCUUUUGUAUUCGACAAAUACGAGCCAAAAAGACCUAUGUUACAGUAAUCAGGAUCCUCAACCUAAUGGUUUAUAUCGGACUGGCUGUUGGAUUGACUUUCAUCAAACCUCCGGAACGAUACCCACAUAUUUGGCAAUUACUAUUCGCUUUCUGGUCUUUUGUCAACUUUGUCUAUGUUUUACUGUUCUUUUUAAUUCAGAUGUGUAUACUGUAUUUUGAGCCGGUGAUCAAGAAAAAACAAGAGUAA